AUGCACAACGGCUACUUGACGCCACACUCGCCAAUGUCCGCAAGAACCGGGCUCUCACCCCGCCGUAUUCUGUUCAAUUCUUCUCUCUCCCUUCUUGGAGCUUUCGAAUUCCCAGAGGAUUACAUGUAUUAUGAGUACUCUGCCAACGGUCAUCUAUUGGGUCUUUUAAAAGUCUUGCCCCUGCCAGAGAUUCUCAAAUCACAACCCAUGUCCCACCACGUCUAUAACGCCGCUAUGGCCCUAGCAGCCCUCACAAUGUCGAGUUUCGAGCCAUAUUCAAGAGGCUCGAUCAAGCUACGCCGUCAUGCCUUCCAUCAUAGUCUGAAGGCCAUUCAGGGCUUGAAUGCCGAGUUAUCCUCGAGCAGCGCGGCGAAAACUGCGGUUCAAUCGUGGAACUAUGAUAGAAUUCUAUCGCUGUUCGCCACAACCAUGUUGCUUGCAAAUUUUGAGCUUCAGCGAGGCGCCUUGCUUGCAUGGCGCUCACACAUGCAGGGUGCUGCAUUAUGCCUUAAUACCGGAUACAAACAGCUUAGGCAGACUCUGGCAGGAAUGCUGUUGAUCAGGUCUUUUGCGAGAAUGGCACUUUUGCUGCGCUUAUAUAACAAAGACUACUCAGUUACCUCGCCGGAAACUAUGCCCACGAGAUUGUCACAAUGGCUAGAUCUGCUUUUGAAGCAAUCGUCGCAACUACAGGACAGGAUGUUGCUGUUGGUAGAAGAGGUAACAGCAUUGGAGAUCCAGAAACGUCAGGAGCCCGAGCUCGACACUUUCUGGUCUAGCAAAAGUUCCGAGCUCCUUUGCAAGCUGGAUGAAUGGCGGACAGACGUACCGAUCGACGAAGUGCCCGUGGAUGAUGACAUUAGCGGAGCUUAUCUGACUAUAUCUUCUUCUGAUCAUGCAUCUUUGAUCCGUGUAUCUGCGCUCGUUUUUCCCAAUACUAGAGACCCUUGCACUUCAGCCGUCAAUUACGUGGCGUAUCUCUGCACGUGCAUGCGGGCGCGUACGCGAUACCUUCCAGAUUCAGGACGGAUAGUUCCUCCUGAUGCGGAGCGGACCGCACUCACCAUAUGUCGGAUUGCAGCAGGGAUACCGCCUACGCGGUUCGGUGAAUCCUUCACACACAGCUACGGCAUGCUUCCCUCGGUUGUCGGAGCCUACCGGUGGUCGACGAACCCGGGACUACGCAACUGGAUCAAACAUUGGUUGGCAGGUUACCGCGGGCCGCGGGAGGGAAUAUGGAACGUUCAACAAACGCUUAAGCUUCUCGCGACGAUGGACAGCCUACCGAAGCCAGGUUGGCACUUCAUUGCUUUAAAGGUCAUUGACGAGCCGCAAGAACCAUCGCCAGACCUCGACGAAGCUCAAAGCAAUGAGCCGUUCAAGGUAGUGUUGCAGGCCAGGGUCCAGAAUGCAACUUCCACAAAUGUCUUUGUUGUCAAGUAG